AUGGACGACAAAGGAAUGUGCGAGCUAUUUCUUGAAGCUGAUGGUUUUUUUAGUGGUAAUGACGUACAUACGAAAGUUAGCAAAUCCUUAACAUACCGUGAUUAUUGCACCAAUAAGAAAACAUGCUCAAAUACGAUUGAAAGUAUUGGUGCUUUGGGUGAGGGUUUAUCUAUGAAGGUUUACACUAAAGAAAACAAGUAUUUUGAUAAUGUUUUGCUGUGGUUAGCUCAUAAAUUAUUUAAUAUGAUCAAUGAAACAGACAAAGACAAAGCUAAUAAAAUUACUUUAAGUUCGGCCUAUGAUGAAUAUUUAAAGAAAUAUAUGGGUAGUUUUAAAUAUUGGAAUAAUUCAUAUAACACAAAUGGUUUGAAAAAUGCUAAUCUUAGGCACAUGCAUGAAAUAUAUAUGUUACUUAAGGAGAUAUGUAAUACAAUUGUAGAUCAUAAAAAAAACGGUGCCGAAAGUGGGAGUCUUUCUCAAAAUUCUGUCAAAUGUCUUAAUCAAUAUAUAUCCCUUUACAAUAAAUUUUCUGAAUGUGAUUCAUAUCGAUAUCUAUUGGCCAAAUUAAAAAAAAUAUAUGAAGACUUUAGAACUUCUGCUAUUGCGAAGGAUGGUGGUACUAAUAAGUUAAAUGAACUCCUUAAACAACUUACAACAGCUGAUGGAAAAGAUUCAUAUUCUAUAGAAAAAUUUAAAACAUUUAACUUCAAUGGUCCAGAGUGUAAACCAAAAAAUGUAGAUAAUAUUCAGAGUGUUCAAGAUCAACCAGGAAAAGAUAUAACAACCACACAAAAUAGUAAAAAUCAAGGGGGGGAUCAAAGUAGUCAAGAUAAUACCCAUAAAACUAAAGAUGGUAAUUUAAAAGGUUCAGGGCCUGAAUCUAAACAGCAGAAAGGCAUUCAAUUGCCAAAAGCUGAAGACCAUUCAUUAAAAGGUGAUCCAGCAGCCUUAAAGCAUGUCAGUAAUGAUACAGAUACUCAAAAAGGUAAAAAUGGUCAAACACAUCCAAGCAGAGAGUCCGAAACUAAUCAAGGUAAAAUGGAUAUAUCUCAAAUCCCAAAAGACAAUCACGAUGUUUUUGAUUUGUCAACUUUAAAAGAAUAUGGGGAUUUAGUUAAAAAGCAUAUUGAAGAAUACAAAGAAUAUGUUACUAGUUCACUUAAUGAUAUUCAAGAACAUUUAUACGAGGAUAUAUGGCUUCCUUUAUAUGAGACUUAUAAUACUUAUGCAGAUUAUUAUGAAAAUUUUGAUAUAAUGGAAUAUCUUAAAGUAGUGCAAGCAAAUGAAGCACAAAAAACUCAAACAUUAGAGAAUACCCCACCAAGUAACGGACUAGAACCUGGCUCUCCUUUACCAGAUAGAAAAACACCAGAUGUAGAAAAAUCAGAACCAAAGGAUACCCAAACACAAAUAUUAGAUGGUCAAGGAAAUGAUCAUUCAAAAGAGUCAUCUUCUAUACAAAAACUUGGCUCAACAAAUAGUGAACAAGACAAAAUUUCAGAUAUUCCCUCUGAGGAACGAUCUCAUUCACCAGACGGUUCUACCAAUAUAAUUCCUAGUCUAGGAAUUGAAGCAAGAGCCAUUAAAGCCGAUGUACAAAAUGAGAUAUCUGAAAUCGGGUUUCUAGGAAAUUUAUUUAAAGAAUACAAAUUAGUUGCAUAUCCAGUUAUGAUUAUUGCAAUACUCGUCAUUUUAGCAUUUAUGUAUAAGUAUUUACCAUUUGGAUGGAGAAAAAAGUUGAAGAAAAAAAAAAAUAUGGAAAAGAUUAAAAAAUUGUGUAAUGAAAAUAAUACCGAAAAGAAGUUGCAAAUACAUUAA